AUGGGAGGUUUGUACUCAUACUCCUUUUAUAAAAAUUUGUAUACACUUUGCAUAAAAUUUUAAUCACUUUUGGAAAAAAGCUCAUAUCCUUUAUCUAUAAGAUUCUUGUAGAAUUCUACAUUAUAAUUAAUUAUUGCAUAAUGCAAAAUUUACAAAAAAAUUAUGGGAUUUUUAUCUUAAAAUACCUAAAAUGAAACAUUCUACUAAUAAUUUAUUUUCUGCAAGUUCCUUUUUAAAAUUUCACUUUAAUUCUAUAAUCCAUUUCCACUAAUCAAACUCAUUUUUAUUGACUUUUUUAUCUUCUUACUAUAUUUAAAAUCUAAUGAAUUUUAAUUAUCUUAGUAUUUAAUAUUUAAAACAUUUGAAAAUUUAAAAAAUUGA